UCCGCGGAUCGGCGCAGCUCCUGCGUGUCGUCUGUGUGUGCAGCAGCAGGAGCGUCUCAGCUCUGCGUCACGACACAAACAGAGUCCCGAAAUAACUUUACCUGCGUGACUUUUCAUCCCUCAUCGGGCGUGAGUUGCGUUUUAUUAAGGCACCAGUGCUAAAUGGCGAGUCCAGGUUCGGAUGCAGGACGGCAUCUUGCACUGCAGCCUCAUCCUCAUCAUCUCACCGAACCGGCGCCCGAACCUGCUGUCCGCGAGGCGCAGAGAUGGAUAGAGGCAGUGACUGGCAGGAGUUUUGGUGACAAAGAUUUCAGAGGCGGACUUGACAACGGCAUUCUUCUGUGCGAACUACUGAGUUCCAUUAAACCAGGACUUGUGAAGAAAAUAAACAGGCUGCCCACUCCUGUAGCUGCUCUGGAUAAUGUGGCGCUCUUCCUGAAGGGUUGUGAGGAACUGGGUUUGAAGGGCUUUCAGCUGUUUGAUCCAGGAGAUCUUCAAGAUCCUUCCAACAAAGGCCAAGACGGCAACAGGAAGUUAAAAAAUGUUCUGAUCACUAUCUUUUGGCUGGGUCGAGCAGCCAAUAGCAGCGCUACAUAUAACGGGCCCACCCUGGACCUUCAUGAGUUUGAGGGGCUGCUGUCACAGAUGAGAAAGGAGGCAGAGGAUCGGGACAGUCCGAAGCGUAGCAUAAGGGACAGUGGUUACAUUGACUGCUGGGAGUCCGAACGCAGUGACUCUCUCUCCCCACCGAAACACACGCGAGACGACUCGUUCGACAGCCUGGACUCCAUCGGCUCACGUUCCCGUCAAACCCCCUCGCCUGACGGCCUGCUCACCCGUGGCUACAGCGAUGACCGCGGGAGCGACUCGGAUUGCGACACUCCCCAUAGGAAGAUGCCAGACAUCCGCAAGGACGACAUGCUGGUGCGCCGGACCUCUUGCAGUGAGCCACGGACGCCUGUCCCUUUCAACCAGUACCUGCCCAACAGGAGUAACCAGAGUUCAUACAUGCCCGCACCGGUGAGACGCCCGCGUGCCGACAGAGAGGAGAGCCGUAAGAGCUGGAGUAAUGCCACCUCACCUGUAGGAGGAGAGAGACCCUUCAGUGAAGUUGAAUUGUCGUCAGUUGUAGCAGGAACUGAUGUUUAUUAUGUAGAUCCAGACACAGUAGAAACUUACCUGGUAAACCAGCACUUCAGACUGUCAGCUUCAAAUGAUCUCCCCCCUAAAGACCUUGAUUUUAAUAAUCCACAACUCAGUGAGCCUCAGAUGAGAUCCCCCUGUCCUCCCAACCAUCACUUCAGUCCUUCUGUACAAACCCAACCAAUCGAGCAGAACCAUUCAGACAGUCAGAAGAUGGAUGAGGAGGAAACAGAAGGAGAUGGAUGGGAUUUCCUUCACAGCGAUUUACAGAUGUUGCAUAAUCAGACUGCAGGAAACGAUGCCAGAUUCAGGCACACAUCUAGUGUGUUUGAUGAUACUGAGAGUGUGAGUAUGAUUGACAUGAGAAGUGAGGAAGAUUCAUUAUCACCCCAUAGUCAAGUUCGGCAUGAGCUCAUGCACAACCAGUACAACAAGUUGAAAGAGGAUGAAGAUUAUUGGCAGGACGAUCUGGCCCGCUGGAAGAGCCGCAGGAGAAGCGUGUCUCAGGAUCUGAUAAAGAAAGAGGAGGAGAGGAAGAUGAUGGAGAGGAUGAUGAGUGGAGACGAAUGCUCACAGAGAAGGAAAAGCAUCAAGACGUACCGAGAGAUAGUGGAGGAGAAGGAGCGUCGCGAGCAAGAGCUGCAUGAAGCGUACCGGAAUGCCCGCACGCCCGAGGAGGCGUCUGCCGUGCUGCAGAAGUACGCCCAGCGCUUCACCAUCAGUGAGGCCAUUCUCGAGCGCCUCAAACUCCCUAAGCUGUUGGAACGGAGCGUAUCGGCCGACCCCACCCGCCACUCAUCCCCACCUGUCUCCCUGGACAUCUCCACCUCCAACCCAAUGCAGUACCUGCGACAACAGUCUCUCCCCACACCCAAGUUCACGUCCACGGUGGAGGCGCGAGUGACGGGUUUCACGGUGGAGCAGGGAAUCAAGGGAGAUGCUGAGAACAUUUUGGGUCCUGCUCGUUCGCUGGCUUCAAAACCUUACAGACAAAGCGGAAGAGCUGGGUUGAGGACAGCAAAGGUGGAUGAAGUAGUGAAUGGAGAGAGAGAUGAUGACGUCCACAGCAUUGAAGAAGAGGAUAGGGAAGGAUCAGACAGACAUAGAGAAGAAGAUUCUCUGCAGUUCUUCCCAUCUCCAUCUCAGCCCACAGAGAUCAGACAGACUGACGUGUCAGAAGUCUCAUCCACGGACACUCAUAAGAUGACAGAGAUUAAACAAGAGAUGAUGCCGCAGGCCGGUGCCACCUCUACAUCCCCAAAAGUGUCUGAACCAAAAACAGAGGAGAAUGUAGCAGAUAAAGGGAAGUCCACUGAAGAUCACACGUCUAUGAGCACAGAUGCAUCUGAUGUGAAUCAGUGUGAGUCUAAUGUGAUUCAGACCGAUGCCUCUGCUGCACAGGUCCAAAAACUAGCAAUGGAGUCUCCACCUAAACCAGCAAAUCGGUCAGAUUUAUCCAUCCCAGAAUCAAACGGAACCGCAUCAGUGUGCCAAACUCCAAAUACAGAAAUGGCCGAGCAAUCUGAUGGCAAUGUUCCUCCCAUGGUGCUGAAUCUGAUGAAACGCGUUGAACACAUUUCUUGGAGCCCUGAGGAAGAGCGUAAACGUCAGAAGAAGUGGCAGGAAGAGCAGGAACGAAUGCUUCAGGAGAAAUAUCGUCGUGAACAGUUAAAGUUGAAGCAUGAAUGGGAGCUGGCACAGAAGGAGGUGGAAGAGGAAGAGAGGCGGUAUCAUGAGGAGGAGCGGAAAAUUCUGGAAGAGACUGUGACCCCGCUGACCCCUCAUGGACCGAUCACUCCUUCAGCCGUCCCGAUCACCCACAGCACUUUACACAAUAACAGCAGCGCUGAUUCAGUCCAAAGACAAACCACAGUACAGAUGACAGUAAGUUCUUCAUCUCAACACUGUGGGACUGGGUCCUAUGGCCAGAAAGGACCAGAAGGCCAGAGCCAAGAAAAACAGGUUACACCACAGUCUAGUCAGGAUGUAUCCCUGAGCAAUAAACAACAACCACAGCAGGCUGAAACCUUGAAGAAGACUACAUCACAGACAAAACCUGGUGAACGCAAGAGGUCCGACUCUAUAGAGAACAUUGUGGCAAAUUCAUCUUCAUCAUCCUCAUUCACAGACACAGACACUCAACCACCUCCAUCACCAAACAGGUCUGUCAGUGGGAAGAAGCUGUGUUCAAGCUGUGGUCACCCACUUGGCAAAGGUGCCGCCAUGAUUAUCGAAACUCUUAGCCUUUACUUCCACAUUCAAUGCUUUAAGUGUGGUAUCUGUAAGGGUCAGUUGGGUGACACCAGCACAGGAACAGAUGUGAGGAUUAGAAAUGGACUCCUGAACUGCCAUCAAUGCUACAUCCACUCCCGCUCUGCCGGACAGCCCACUACCUUGUAACAAUAUUUGAUUUGGGAUCUUAAGAAGUCUACCCAUAAUGCAUCUUCAUGCCUAAUACAAGCACAUUUAACUUGAAACCACUGCAAAUUCAUUGUUCCAGGGUUUUCCAAAAGUGAGAUUGUAGCAAAACCCAUGUUUUUCAUUUUUUAGGUUUUCAACAUUGUAACUGACUCUUUGUAGUCCAUUGUUUAUUAUCUGAAAAUAGUUAUAAACAGUACAGUAUGCAACACUAUGUGGAAGAUUUGUGCUAUAAAUCGAAUAUCAUGUGGAUGAAUGUCAGUACACUUCAGAUUUGUCUGAAUGAAUCUUUAUCCUGAUGUUGCAAAUGUAUUUAAUUUAAAAAGUUUUUGACAUCACAAAGUAUUUUUUAAUACAUUUUAAUUUGGUGGCUACAUAGUAAUCCUGCCCUUGAGAAUGGGUUAAAAUGUUUAGAUAUCUUAUAAACAUUUAUUUUACAGUAUUCCUUUAAUGGAUGAGAAAGGUGUAAAUGAGACAUUUUUGCAUUUUAGUGCCUCAAUGACCCCUGAUCAUUUCCUAUCUAGAAGAAAGUAUGUAUUUUUACACAUGUAAACAAAAUUGAGUUGUACAUGUAAAACAAUGACAAGUUGUAUGGAUACAGCUGCUUGAAGUAUUUUUCUCUAAACAGAUGGCUUGGGAAGUUGUUGCACUGAAAUAAUGUGCCUUAAGUGUGAUGCAAUGUCUGUAUAAGGGACUCCGAGUGAAUGAUAUUUUGAAUCCAAACACUAUUUCUGUAUUGAUCUGAUAAAACUAAAUAUUUUUGGUCAUGUCUUAUAAUAUGGAGCAGGUUGCCACUUGCUCUUUGAAAUUGUGAGCUCUGAGCUUUAAAACCUUUCAGUUUUCCCCUUUUUCACAGCACACUGCACAUUUUAUUUUCUUAGCAGUUGUAACAUAAAAGGUUUAUUUUAAAUGUUUGUCCCAUUCCACAAUUUUUUUUAACUCCGAAAUUUGGAUUGGAAAAUUGCUAGUUAAUAAUUUUUUAUAUAUAUAUAUAAAGUUUGAUCUAUUUUCAUUUGUUCAUUCUGACCAUGACAAAGCAAUACAAAUAUAUGAGCUGGCUUAAUUUAACACAGUUUAAAGAGAAUGUCUAUGAAUGUUUGCUCAUACAUUUUAAAUACCUGACCAAAAGGCCAUGGAGACUUUUGUUGUUAUAAACUUGAUCAUUCUCAUCAUAUUUGCUAUAUAAUCUUCUGUCAUAAUCCGUUUAUUUAGCCAGUAUUUCUGUGCUUCGGGGUGGGUCAUGUAUUUAAUGUUUAAUUUGUCAUAACUGUAGCUCUACAGAAGGUUGGGGCAUAUGCCAAGCAAGUUUAUGUUUUUUGGGAGGGAAACACUUACCUUGGAAAAUAUAUCCAUUAAAUCUAAGGUAUAUUUAUUGUGUUAUACGAAUAUCCAAGAGAUCAAUCUGAUGUUAACAUGGCUGUAUGUUUAUAAAUAAAAUUUUAAAAAAUAAGUUCAUGUUACGUUGUGUCACAGGCCUAAAAUGUUAAAGAUUAAAUAUUGUUAUUUAUGAUACAUAAAAUACUGCUAAAGGGAUAAACAUUUUUAA